UGCAGGGUGCGGCCGCUGAGCCGCCCGGACCAGGAGUGCUGCAUCGAGGUGAUCGACGAGACCACGGUGCAGAUCCACCCGCCCGAGGGAUACCGCGUAUUUCGCAACGGGGAGUACCGGGAGACACAAUAUUCCUUUAAAGAAGUGUUUGGCACCCUUGUUGUUCAGAAGCAGCUCUUUGACGUGGUGGCUAAACCUCUAGUGGAAGAUCUCAUUCAUGGGAAAAAUGGUCUUCUUUUUACAUAUGGUGUGACAGGCAGUGGGAAAACACACACCAUGACAGGAUCUCCUGGUGAUGGAGGGCUUCUCCCCCGGUGUUUGGAUAUGAUCUUCAACAGCAUAGGACCAUUCCAGGCCAAGCGAUUUGUUUUUAAGCUUGAUGACAAGAAUGGUGUGGAUGUCCAAUGUGAAGUAGAUGCCCUGUUAGAGCGCCAGAAAAGAGAUGCCAUGCCUAUUCCAAAAACUCCAUCUGGCAAGCGACAAAUUGAUCCGGAAUUUGCAGAUAUGAUCAAUGUGCAGGAUCACUGCAAAGUGGAAGAGGUUGAUGAAGAUAACGUCUACAGUGUCUUCGUCUCCUAUAUUGAGAUCUACAACAACUACAUAUAUGACCUCCUGGAGGAAACUCCCUUUGAGCCUAUAAAACCAAAACCUCCACAGUCCAAAAUACUUCGAGAGGACCAGAAUCACAACAUGUAUGUCACAGGAUGCACAGAAGUAGAGGUGAAAUCUACAGAGGAAGCUUUUGAAGUGUUUUGGAGAGGUCAAAAGAAGAGGCGGAUUGCAAACACUCAGCUGAAUCGAGAAUCCAGUCGCUCUCACAGUGUUUUCAUUAUAAAGUUGGCUCAGGCACCUCUGGAUGCAGAUGGAGACAACGUGCUGCAGGAGAAAGAGCAGAUCGCUUUAAGCCAGCUGUCUUUAGUUGAUCUGGCUGGAAGUGAAAGAACUAAUAGAACAAAAGCUGAAGGGAACAGGUUGCGAGAAGCAGGUAAUAUUAAUCAGUCACUGAUGACAUUAAGAACGUGUAUUGAAGUCCUGAGGGAAAACCAGAUGUAUGGAACAACUAAGAUGGUUCCUUACAGAGAUUCCAAACUGACUCAUCUCUUCAAGAACUAUUUUGAUGGUGAAGGAAAAGUGCGUAUGAUUGUGUGUGUUAACCCUAAAGCUGAGGACUACGAGGAAAGCUUGCAAGUGAUGCGCUUUGCGGAGAUGACGCAGGAGGUUGAAGUGGCAAGACCUGCCGACAGACCCAUCUGUGGCUUGACACCAGGCCGGCGCUUCAGGAAUCAGGCCUUCAGAGAGGAGCUCCAAAGGAAGCUGGAGAUGAGGGGAGGCCCAAUAAAUGGAGAGCAAGCUGUUUCAGAACUGGUUUUGCAGAACUUUCCUCCGUUGCCUUCAUGUGAGCUAUUGGAUAUUAAUGAUGAUCAAACACUUCCAAAGGUGAUUGAAGUCCUGGAAAAACGCCAUAAACUACGACAAAUGUUGUCAGAGGAGAUUGCCAAAACCGUGCUUGCCUUUAAAACAGUGCUGCAAGAAUUUGACUCCAGUGUUGCAUCCAAGGAAAACUACAUUCAAGGAAAACUGUCUGAGAAAGAGAAAACAAUAGCAGGGCAGAAAAUGGAGCUGGAACGCCUGGAGAAGAAAAUAAAAACUUUGGAAUACAAGAUUGAUAUCUUGGAGAAAACUGCAACAAUUUAUGAAGAAGACAAGCGUAAUCUUCAGCAAGAGCUAGAAAGCAAGAGCCAGAAACUGCAGCGUCAGGCUUCUGACAAGCGUAGGAUGGAGGCACGAUUGCAAGGCAUGGUGGCAGAAACAAGCAUGAAAUGGGAGAAGGAGUGUGAGCGGCGCGUAGCAGCAAAGCAGCUGGAAAUGCAGAACAAACUUUGGGUUAAAGAUGAAAAACUGAAGCAGCUGAAGGCCAUUGUUACUGAACCAAAAAAUGAGAAGCCAGAGAGGCCUUCACGGGUGAGAGACCGAGAGAAGCCUGUUCCGAGAUCAGUGUCUCCUUCACCAGCACCUCCUCCUAGUAACUCUGUUACUCAGGUCCCUAACAGCCAGCGGCUCGUGAGCAACCUGCAGGUGCACAGACGUUCUAACUCUUGUAGCAACAUUUCUGUGGCAUCCUGUGUUAUGGAAUGGGAGCAGAAAACCCCUUCGCACAAGCAUACCAGUGGCACUUCUAAUGCAAGGAGUAGACAACAAGAACCAGAACAAAAUAGAGACUAUAACAUCUCAAACAGAAGGCGAGGGAUGUGCUGGACUGGAGUCACUGAGCUUCCCAGGCAUAGAGAUGAGCUAGAAAUAGAAGAGGAUCAAUGCCACAGGGGUGAUGUUUUCAAAACCAGAGGUGGUGGACAGGCUGUGCAGUUCACAGAGAUAGAGACUCUGAAGCAAGAAUCUCCAACUGGUCGAAAGCGAAGAUCAUCACCUUCCAAUCCUGACCAGCCUGAGGAUGCUGCAGACUCGGAAUGGACUGAUGUGGAAACCAGAUGCUCUGUGGCAGUGGAGAUGAGGGCAGGAUCAGCUCUCGGACCUGGAUAUCAGCAUCAUGCUCAGCCCAA